CGGACGGCGCGAGCCGGGGCCUCUUCCCACGUCGCGUUCCGGCGAACGUCGCCUCGAGUCCUGCCCGACUUAACCAACCGAUAAUGGGGCCUCUCGGCGCCCGGCGCGGCCUGGAAUGGCUGCUGGGCUUCUACUUCCUCACCCACAUCCCCAUCACCCUCCUCAUGGACCUGCAGGCGUUGCUGCCGCGCGAUCUCUACCCCGUCGAGCUGAGAAACCUGCGGCAGUGGUACACUGAGGAGUUCAAAGACCCUCUGCUGCAGAACCCGCCAAUGUGGUUUAAGUCUUUCCUGUUCUGCGAGCUGGUGUUUCAGCUGCCUUUCUUCCCCAUUGCAACAUAUGCUUUCUUCAAAGGAGGCUGUAGGUGGAUCCGCACCCCUGCAGUCAUCUACUCAGUGCACACCAUGACAACUCUGAUACCAAUCCUCUCCACAUUUCUAUUCGAGGACUUCUCCAAAGCCAGUUGUUUCAAAGGACUAGGACCUAAGACUUUCCACGAACGACUAUUCCUUAUAUCUGUCUACACUCCCUAUUUUCUCAUCCCUCUUAUACUUCUGCUUUUCCUGUUGCGGAACCCUUACUACAAGGAGAAAAUAAAGAAAAAAUGAGAACCAUGGGCCCCAGGAAGAGAUGCCCACAGGGCAGUUUCCUGUUGACGCAGUACCAGGAAAACUGCUCAGAACCCAGGUUUUCAAUAGUAUUUGAAAUAUACCAGCAGCAACACACAGGAGCAAGACACCAGCAAGAGGCAUAUCAAACUGUCACCUUCCAAGGGCACUGGCACAAACAGACCCAUCACCUGAGGACAGGCAGAGGGUGUGGGCCAGGUUAUGGCGAAGUGGUGCCAAAGGACUUGCUGUGUGCCCAAGUUCCCUUGCAGGAUUACUAAAGGCAGGACCAGACCAGAAACUAGAUAAACUUCCAAGAAACAUGGCCUACUUGGCAUGUAUCAUGACUUAUCUGACCAGCGUGUGACUAAACCUUGACUCCGGAGUCUACAGCAUGUCGUGAAUCAGCAAAAUGAACAGUGGGAUGUUUCAGGCCAUUUUUAAGUUUGAAAUUAUGCCUCUUUACUAUUCAUUAAAAACUGUUUUCUUGCCCCCACUCCUAGGUGGUGGGGAGAUAGUCUAUAAGAGCUUUAAACUUAGUUUUCCUUAAGGUUCAACCCUAGUGAGACUAAGUCAGAAAUGGGUCAGACUAGAAGGUGUAUUAUUUGUCUUAAAAAGAUCAUCCCACAAGAGAUUUUUUUUUUUUUUGACGGCCACUGACUUUAUUGAUUUAAAAAAUUUUACAAGAACAGUAACUGUUCUGCCAAAGAGGACCAAAUGGCAUAAAACAGACCAGAGGUGAGGGUGAGUGUGAAGGAAGGAACCAGGAAUCCACUCAGAAAAGCUGGUAAUUGCUGACAUGAAAUUGGCAGGGAGAGAAGGGAAAUGCAAGCAAGAGUGAGACCUCCAAAAAAGUUGAAAUGGUGAUGGGAGAGAACUCCCAAAGGACCCUGGAGUGCAUCGGAGGUGUGGACCACAACAGCAAUCUUUUCCUUUGUAGAAGACGGAGGAGGAGUCCUCACUUGACUGCAAACUCUGGAGACUCAAUACUGGGGGUAGGGAUCGGGGUCUCCCCGGAGAGCAUCACAAGAAGGCAUUGCACCACUCUUGAAGGCACCCGAAGCAGUCCUGAGACUGCUUGGCGUUGGUGCCGCAUGUGUCCUUCAGCCAUUCCCAGAAGAGGUCUUCGUCUUUCUUUAGAACCAGAACUGACCAAGGACCACAUAGGCCUUUUCAAAGCCUCUUUUCUCCAGCUCCUUGCCCAGGACUUCACCAAUCCCGGCCAGCCUUCCCACUGGUUUUUUCCCCAUGAGCUCUGCCAUGAAGUCUCAGUGCUUUUGGGAGGCUGUCAUCUUGAUCAGGCUUGAUCCGCAGCUCCAGCUCUCGUAACCGAGAAGAGAUUUUUUAGUCUCCUUGUUUAUCCUCUUUCCAGACCUUAGUCUUCUGUUACUUUUUAGAGACCACCUAACAUAAGUUGCUUUACUCUGAGGUCUGGUGUCUCAAAACCUGAUCUGGAGCUGUGCUUCUUACUGAAUAACUUCAUCCAUCCUAAUAGUUUUAAGAAUUCCUUCCUGUCUUGUUCCCAAAGGGGACAGGGGGCUGGGCAUGACAGGUCCAAUGGGUGCAUAUAGAUUCUCUUCACAUUAGUAUUUGGUAUUUUAUUAGCUUUCUCUAAAUUUGUACUCAAGGCCAACUCAAAAAAAAAGACUGUGAACGCACGUGGAAAAUGGUAGGCACUGGUCCUGGUUAGUUACCUCUCUUUGUUUUGCUUAGAAGCCCUAACGGUCUGAUUGUUGGGAGUAUCAUCUGACUCGUGUGUCUGGUCCAAAUAAAAGAAGCUGCUGACCACUA